CAGUUCUUGUCAUAUUUUGCAUCUCGAUCUAAAUAAAAAAUGUCAAAGAUUAGUCAAUAGUCAUAUAAAAUGGGCGCUCCACAAAAUGUCACAUGCGCAUGUGUCAAAGACUGUAAACAGAGUGUGACUCCGCGCGUGUACCAAAUUUUUGUGACGUACUUCUGUGUCAAUUUAAACUCUGAGGUGCUAGAGAGAGUAAAGUUUGACUAUUUGUUCAGCCUGUGAGAACUCCUAUAUCCUAGUGCAACAUUUACACUAUGCUAGUGCAACAUUUACAGCACAUGCACCUGAGCUUUGAAUGGCAUGAGUGGUGUCGAUGAUAUUUUGGAGCUGAUGUGGGCAGAAAGAGGACCAUCACUUUGUUUCUUUUCUGGGCAUAGUGUUAAGCAUCCCAGAGCAGAUGCAGAUGUUGGCAAGACUUCUGGGUGAUUCUGUUCCUGGGCUUUGGUCACAGGCAGGCUAGGGGCAGCACACUGCCUCUUUACCUGCUUCUUUUUUUUUUUUGAGUAACUCUCCUUGCUCAUUGUGAGAACUGAGCCAAUGAGUUAUCCGUGGUAUGGACUUGGUGCGGCAACCAGCAUCCCUCCGCACGAAAACUCAUCUCAGAACGGUUCUCUGACACACUCUCCAGCCACCCUUGCUAGAGGGUCUGAUUCUCCGGGGAGCAGCCAACAUAUUGGUGUCCAGAGUGGGGGGUUCCCCCCUUCAUUUCCCACGCUCAGUGCCUCAAGCACCCAGCAGUCUGAUUCUCUCUCACAGUCUCCACAUGCCAUGUCGCAUCCCAGUCCAGGAACCUACCUCCCGCCCUUGGGGGCAGAAAACUCUUUCCAGCAGCAUUUGUAUUCAUCACAUAACCGCUUUGCUUCAUUCGGCAGUGAUGGUGUGCCAUCGGUAGACCAGAACUUUUCUCAGUUUGGCAUGACACCAUCUUCUAUGUCCUCCUUAUCUCAGUCAUAUGCUAUGCGAUCUCAGGCUUAUCCAUCUGUUGGUGGAUAUGGUGAAGGGGCCAGUCAGCAGGACCUGGCACGCUUCAAUGCAUACAGUUCAGCACCAUAUUCAACAGCAGGUUUUGAAAACUACUACAGUCACUUUGAUGGACGAUCUAUGACUGGGUCGAGUCAGUCACCAGACUCACAGCUUAUGAGUGCAGCUGAUCGACUCAUCAAACAAGAUCCCUUUGAAAAUGGCAUGCCACGGCCAGGGGCAAAUCCUUGGCAGUUUGCAGCAGACAGCAGGGAUGGACUUUACCUUGGUUCAGGUUAUACGCCUCCAGUUCCACCUUAUGGUGGUCCUCUGCCUCCAUUAUUCCACACCAACUCCCAUUACCGCCCAAUGAAUUACGAUGCACCUCAGAUGCCACCCCACUUCAAGCCAGAUCCUUCUGAUCCCUAUGCUAUUGGUUCACCAGGACUGGGCGGAUGUUUUUCUCCACAACAGCUGAUGUAUAGCAGCACAGGAAAAAAGUCUCCCAAAAAGAAAGAUUCAUCUCCAACUCCAAAGCCUCCAACAAACCCAUCAGACUCGCCUCCAGUGCCGAAUAAAGCAUCUCGUUACUUCUCAGAUCGUGGUAUUUUCAUGUUUGUUCCUCCAGAGUCGGGUCCCUCCAUGGGACCUUAUCCGGGUAUGCAUAUGAUCAGUAUAGCAGACAGAUACAUUCUGUGUCAGAAAGCCCUCUGCCAGAGGUUAGCAGAAGUGGAUUUACCUCCUAAAGUGACCUAUGUGUACAACCCUCUGGAGUAUGCCUUUGAGACUCACUAUAAGUUUGUCAAAAAGUACUACAAUUCUACAAAGAGGGUUCUCUUCCUUGGAAUGAACCCAGGUCCCUUUGGAAUGUCCCAGAAUGGAGUGCCCUUUGGAGAAUGCAACAUAGUGACUGACUGGAUGCAGAUUGAGGGUGAAGUACAGAAACCUAUUGUGGAGCAUCCCAAACGGCCUGUCAUGGGAAUGGAGUGCAAGCGUUCAGAGGUGUCUGGAGCCCGUUUCUGGGAGCUUUUUCGGAGGUUGUGUCCUACCCCAGAGAGUUUCUUUAACAACUGUGCCAUUCACAACCUCUGUCCGCUCGCCUUUAUGACUGAGACAGGUAAAAACGUGGCACCAUCAGACAUGCCAGUCAAGGUCCUUCGCCAGCUUGAUUCGUUGUGUGACACCACAUUUUUGGAGGUUGUGGCCCUGUUCAAAGUGGAGCAUGUAAUUACAGUGGGCAAGUAUGCAUACACCUGUGCCCAGAAAGCAUUGACUGCUGCCAAUGUUACUCAUGUGGCUCUUCACUGCAUGAUGCACCCAAGCCCUGCCAACCCAUCAGCCAAUAAGGGCUGGGCAGACAUCGCCGAAGGACAGUUACGAGAAUUUGGUGUGUACAACAUCAUUGCAGCCAACCCCCAGCCUCCACCCCAGGCCCAGCAACAACAGCAUCAGCAGCUGCCACAGCCACCUCAUCAUCAACAGCAGCAGCAGCAGCAACAGCAACAGCAGCAUCAGAACAUGCAUCACCCACACCCUCAUGCGAUGCAUAGCAGUCCUCAUCAGGCCUCUGCUCCACACAUGCAACACCCCCACCCUCAGUCACACCACAACCCACAUCCUCAUCACCACCACCAGCAACACUACCCAGUCCCUCAUGUUCUUCAAAGCACAGGUGGUGUGAACCCCCUUCCUGUGGGGCUAGGAAUGAGUGGAGGAGGGAGCGACAGUUUUGGGGAUGGAAAGAGGACUUACGAUGGUGUCGAUGGCAACCCCAGUCAAAAACGCAUGAAAUCGGACGAGGCUUGACUAAGUUUCAAAAGCAAUCUGUUCAGGUAUGUACGUUGCGCCUAUGCAGAGAAGAUGAUUGUCACUAAACUUGGCAUUGCACAGGUCUCAUCCUAGAGAAAAUUCUAAGUCCCAUGAUCUGUGAGAUGUUCUCCCUUGAGAUUUGUUUGACAAGGAGAUGUGAAAAGAGGUUUUACAUUGUGCUUGCCAGACUGCAGUGACAAUGUUCACUUGGACCAUUCAGCAUACACCAGUGCUAAACUUGUGGAGAAGUUUAUCUGUAAUAGAUCUGUGAGUGUAAUGUCAACUCUUAACAUUUUUUUCUUUUUUUUUUCUUUUUUUUUUUUUUUUCUUUGAGUGCUGCUUCCUGAGUAGUUUUAGAUACUUAAGAAGUCAGUCAAGGAUCAUAGAAACAGGGAGACAAACUUUUUUGUAAACAUUGAAGAUUAAGUCACGCUAUUGUUACAGCUGCACAGAGCUUAGGUCAAAUCCCCCCACCCUCAUGAAAAACAAGAGACCUCCUGUAUAUAACAGCACAGAUGUACUGCCAUCGUGGUCACAGCAAUUGGAUUUUUAAUAUUUGUGUUUACAUUUUUAUCUGUGAAGUACAAGUGGUACAAAGAAUACAAGUGGUUUGUCUGUCGGCAGCCAUGGGCUCAGCAUACAUAUAUAAAAUCAAAAUUAAGGGAAUUAUUUUCAUGGCAGUCUGUAAAUUGGCUCUACAAAGCAUAUUUGUCUCCCUUUAUAUCAGAGCACUCCUAUUCUGACAGCAUGAGCACGUAAAAUCCCAUGUCUGUGCUUCUUGUCAGACAUUAUUUCACACCUAUGAGUCAGUCUUUCUUCAUACCUCUUCAAUGAAUUAAGAAUUUGCAUUGCGAACACUACACCUGUUUCUUUUCAUCAGGGACUAUGGCCACGUAUUGACCGAGUAGCUUGUCAGUGUCAUGAUGCACAUGCAUUUUUCUCAGGAAGAAAAUGGGACUCAGAUUAGUCAGAGCAUAAAAUCUGAACAUUUGAACUUUACUGCUUGAAUUAAAGCAGGACUAGGGUAUGAUGUCUCAGCAUAUCUGAGCCAGUACAUGGCUGAUGGACAUGUGAAACAGAAUUCGUUUGCUUUCUGCCAUAUUGGUCAGAGUGCAGCAACCAGUAAAUGUUGUGGAAAUGAUGUCUUUUGGCAGUACAUUUCUGCAUUUCCUUCAAAAGCUCAUAGAAUGUAAACAGUUAAGAAGAAAAUUACAGUUAAAGCCUUAGAAACCACUUUUUAUGAAAGGUAUCUGCUAUACUUCUUAUCUGUUUGAAUUGUCUGGUGUAGCUUCAUUUGAAUAUCUGGUAGAUUUUCUCUCUAAUUGGCAUCUGACAUUGCUGUUAUUAGAGUAUCACUUAAACAAGAUUCUUGUGUUGGUAGAUUUAAGCCAGGCAGCUGCAAGUGUCUUCAGAGGUAUAUAUUAUAUUGCCUUAUGAUGUAUUAUUUUAUAUUUCCCAGUUCUUUGUGAGCUGCCUGUAUUUAACUGGAAAUGUCAGUUCAUUUAUUAAAGAAGCUCCAGAAACAAGCAUUUGUGAGGAGAGGUAACGAAAUAAAAUGUUUCUGAAAUGGCUGCAAACCAGGAAAACAUCAGAAAGGCCAGGCAAAAAAAUAACCUUGUACUCCUGCAUUAGAUCUUCAGGGUGAUAUGCCAUCAAGCCACAUGAGAUAUUUCCUGGUUCCUGUACCAGUGCCAGUAUGUCUGUCCAUAUUGAGGGCAAUAACAAUCUUCAGCUAUGCAUGUAGACAACAUGUAGAUAUGGUUUUCUUUCAAAGUUUGGCUUAUUUGAGCCUGAUGAAUUGACAGGGGAAAAAACUUUAAUUAGACAAGUGUAUAAUUCAGACUUUAUUUAACAGCAGAAUGCUUUCAUGCAGUAUACACAUACACAGAGGUAGCAGAUAUACUAAUGACAUUUUACACCUUGCAAGGAGAGGCCAUCUUUCUGCAGCCUUAGAAAAUAUUGCCCUUUUUAUGACAUAAAAAUUGUUAUAGCUCGUGUUUACUAUUUUAAACUUUGUCAUAAGCUCAUUUGUAGACUGAAGAUGAAAGUCAGAGUAAUGAAAAGACUGUCCAUUAAUAUCGUGUUUUUUUUUUCCUAAAAAUUUUAUCUAGAUGCACAUAUUUUUAUGGUUUUAAACAAAUGCAUCUGCAUGAUGAGACUAUUAUUAUACAUCACUCUAUCACUAGUAUCAUUUAUCCCAACAUUAGUCAAUGACGAGGUGUUUAGACUGCACCAAUCCUUCUUCACUAAUGCCAUGGAAAUCCUCGUUACAAUUGAUGAACAAUCUAGAGCUAUACUUUCAUUGGCUCAGCAAUACCAAAUUUCAUCUAUGACUGUUGCAAUCCAUUGUUUUUGUAAAGAUAUGGCAGUUACUACACUGUCUGUCUCUUCAUGCAUCAAAAUUCAUUCGAAGCACCAGUUGAUGUUUCAGCAUUUCAAGGACAAGCCACGUUGGACCUGCACUGCAUUAAUCUGUUCAGAGAAAGGGCCACAAAUUUCGUCGCUAUUGAAAAAUGUAUACAUGUAGUGCGUGAAUAUACAUGUUGUGUGACGCGUGUACUUUUUGUGCCGAGGCUUGACUUUUUUUGUUAAGAUGAAAUAUAUUGUGAGUAGAUUUUAUUGGUAUGCCUAUAUUGACCACAUUAAUUUGAAUUUUUACUUUUUGAAUGAUAGAUAAUUUGUUUAUUAUAUCUUUACCAGAUUGCUUUAGAUCUGUUAGAUAUAUACAUGAAAAUAUAUGAUUAUAUAUAAAUAUAUCUUCAACUAUAUUUCAUGCAUAGGUCUUACAUAUGCCAAUUGGAAGCAGAACCCUGGUCAUGGAGGCAAACUGAUCUUGGUUAUUGAUGCCAUUGCUAAAUUAGUUAUGCAUUAUUGACUUCAGUCUCUGUGUUGGCAUCAGGACCAAGUAUUGAAGUUUUUUUGUGCGUGUCAUUGAAUUUUUUUCUUCUCACCUAUCCCCACUGUCUUCCUUUUACUUCAUGGAUCAUUUUCCUUGAUUAAGUAUGAGCUAGGUCUGGCUUUCAGGAGGGGGGAGAGAGUGUGUCCAUAAGAGAGAGAAAGAAAAGAACGAGUGAGUGAGUUGCAAAAGUAUCUAGCAAUGGUCUUCUGUGUCAGAUGCAAAAGGCAGCUUAGAUCUCACAAGUCCAGAUUAUUUUCUAUUCCUGUGGUACAGAAUCUGCCAUGCAAAGGGUCUUUUAAAGUGUUAAAGACUUGCUAAACUAUAAACUGGUCAAUCGUUAAAGAGGUUUGUGUAUUUUCUGAAAGGGUUUUUUGUUGUUGGCAAUUAUUACAUCCAAUUUGUUAUGUAAGUAGUGCAUUUCUAUUUUGUUUCAUUGAGUCAGCACCUUUGCCGCCACAACCACCACAUCUAGAAUAUUACCCAUCUCUACUUGCCUCUUUUUUUUUUGUGUGUCCAUGUGCCCCACUCAUUCCCUCAGCACAUUUUUUGCAUGAUCCUGCAAGUCAUUUGAUUAAAGCAGUUGAUUUUUAUCACAGUGUAGCCUUUUCUGAGGCAGGCCACAUUGUGUCUAUCAUGGUAGCAUCACUUGGACAGCAUUUGAUUUUUUUCAGAUGCUGAUAUGCAGAUAAUGAACAGUUGCAUGAUCAUUUCACUCGCAGAAGUGUUUGUGUCCAGUCUGUGUUAUCUUUAUCUUUUGAGUUUCUUUUUUUUUUUGUGCACUGGUUGUGUUUCAUUUAUGGCUUUCAUUGCAUUUUAUAGCCAUGUUCUUGUGGUCUUAUUUUUGACAGGCAAUUUCAGAGAUAUAUGUAUAUAUAUAUGAAGCAAAGAUCUGCCCAGAAAAUGUCUGUAAUGUUUUUCCCAUUCUUUUUCUGGUUAAGGGUAGUGUACAUAUUUAAUUUACAAAGUUUACAAUGGGUAAGAUACAGUGUCUCUUCUCUGUUCUUUUCCAUUUUUGGAUGUAUAGUGAUAUUUUUUCAGAAAUUUAUCACUUUAACAAAACAGUCCCACAAUGCCUGUUGCAAUAAAGUAUUGGUGCGAAGUGUAACUGGAAAGUGGGGAGGGGGGAGCAGUGAGUGUGUAUGAGAGAAAGAGAGAGAUUAGCAUAAAUACAGAACUAUUUUAUCAUAAAAUUCUGUAUGGAUGGACAUGCACUUGUGGAAUUCCAUUUAUCUUUGGGUUCAGGAUAUUUGCACAAUUUGUCGAUAGGAUUACUGUCCUCAGUUUUUAUGUAACUGAAAGCGUGUCUAGUUUAAACUGAAUUUUACUUGUAACAGUCUCAAGUUUUUACUAAAAUGUUGCACAUGAAAAAACAUUUUUUUUUUUAGGUAAGGUCUAUUACUGAUGCAGUUUUUACAGUUUUCAUCGUUUAUGGUGGAAUAUGGUCUACCCAUCAACACAGAGCCAUGCUUGGAGUCUCUUUCAAGGUGAUGCAUGGUCUGAAUAAUGUAACCGACAGAAGCACUUAGCAACAGAUCAGUUACAUGUUAUCAACAACAGUUUUUGGUUGGUUGCUAAUCUGAUUUGUUUUCUUUUCUGGUUAGUCUUUGUGAAACAGACUGCACCUGACAGAUUUGUGAGCAUGGAUGUAUGUCAGCAACAGAUUUAUGCUUCCUAUUCUUCUUCCAGAUUUAGCUGAAACUGUUUUCCCAGGUUGUUCUGAGCUUGGUUUUCUCCGCAGCAGGGUCCACUUUUUGUUUGUACUUUAGUCAUGAACAGCACUGUAUAUGCAGCACAUAAGAAAUGACAAGCAUUAUUCUGUGAAAGGAAAAAAAGUCAAAACAAAAACUUUGUGCACUUUGUGAACCUAUCUUUAUAUGCUAGCUUGAUCUCAGAGUUUUCUCAGAUUAACAGAUUUCACAGCUUUUGCUGUUUCUUGACACUUUCAUGAUGCAACUUUUAGGUUUGAAAUUAUUUUGACAUUUUCCCCCAUCCUUCACCGAUGGUCCGUUGAUGUUUUUAUUGUUUUUAAUCUCCAGUCAGGUUCACAUGAGCACAAAACUUGAGUUCACACAAAAAAAUGUUUUGCUAUUUUUUAAUUAACAGCUGUUGAUUUAAUGAAGAUGUUUGUGACUAAACUUGCUGGCAAAGAGUUGAGAUUCUGAUCAGCUAUGGCUUCCAUACUUGUUAUAUUUUGCUUUUAUUCCACAGUGAAGAGAUGCUGGUUUGGCCUUCUUCCUUAAUGCUUAUGUUUCCAAAACCACUGUUACAGUGUGAUAAGUUAUCUUAAAUUCGGGAAGUUUUUGUUUUAUUUUAUUUAUUUAUUUAUUUUUUUGUGGCAGAUGCUCACAGAAUGUAGACCCCAAAUCCAAAGUUUGAUUUAAAUGACAGUAGCCUGAAAAAUGUUGACUAGCUUCAAGCACAUAGUGUAUUGGGACCAACCCAUUGGCUGUGACCAGACUAGUAACUAGAUGUUGAUCAGGGCACACAGAAGCUACUUAUCCAGAAGUUAUCAAAGUCAUGUUGCAGGUGAAGCGAGCCAGUGUUUUCCUCGAAUAUUCUUUGUUGGGAACACUGUCAUCUUUACAAGCUUUAGCCGUAUGAGAUAUUUUGUAGGCUAAUUUUAAAAUAGUAUAGUAUCAAUAUUUGCCUUAUUUUGAGAAAAACAAUGCUGUCUGUAGUUCAAGGAUAUUUAUUUUCUUCUCCUGGAGAGCUUCAUUUAAAGAUUUUUGUAAUAGGCUUGAAAUAAGACAUUUUUUAAGGACUGCAUCUAUUUUUAUUGCCCUUUGGUAAUGGGGUUUGGUUUGUAGAGUAUAGAUGUAGUGUCGAUAGUCGAAUGCAAUCUACAGAAACAGGCUGUUAGAAUUGCUAUAGGCUACAUUUAACACAGCAAUGUUUACCACAGAUAUUAUUUAUUAUUUAUGAAUUAAUAUUAUUUAAUAUUGGUAAAUGAUUAGUUUUAAUGUGCUUUUUGUAACAUACUGCCAAAAAGCUGUUGAGUUUAGCUGCUGCUUUUGCAAUUUGAGACUACGAAUAUGACCACCAGCAGGAGCCAUGCCUUUUUUUUUUCAACUUUGAAUUCUUUUCUGUCCAGCCUUCCCUACCCCCAACACAGUCCCAGAUCAGAUUAGUGGUUCAUUACCAUCUGCUUGUUGCAAUCCUAAAAUCUUCCAGCAGCAUUUCGAGUUGAGGCAUGACAUAUCCAAAAGUAAUGUAUUUUCACUUUCUUAACAAUUUAAAUGAUUUGGCACUGAACACACAGCUGCACAUUUACUUUUCUUUGUGGUGUUUUUUUCUCCUGGGAGAAGAGGUUGUAUGGGCAGGUCUUAAGUUGUUUUCUAUUUAAUUAUUAUUAUUUUUUUGUGGGGGAGGUUUGAGGGGAGAUGUUUUGUAAACUCCACAGAUGUUCUGCAUACAAAUCAUUGGCAGUUUGCACAAUUUUUGUGGUCAUCUUAAAAGCAUUGUCAUCUGUUUCCGUCAGCAGUAUUUCAGCAGUCUUGUGUGCUUGUGGUUUAGUCAAAAUAAAUACAUUGUAAUCCUGUUAGUAAUUCUGAGACACUGCAAGUUCUAAUUGAUAGUUACAACACGUCACUGUUGACAGUUAUUACACUUUGUAUCAUUUCCUAGACACUUUAUGUAUUUUUUUGUUUCUUUUCACAUGACAUGACUGUGAGUUGUAAAGCUGUUGCAAAUAGUAAUUUUAUUCUUUGAAACACGAGACAAGCAGGGUAUCUUUCUUCUGUCUCUCAGAUCGGUAAGUGUUGUGAGAAAUCCAGAGAACAUUUGAGCAUGAAAGCCUGCAGGUUUGGGUGUGGGUAUGGAUAUGCACAUGUGAAGUUGUGCCGAUAUGGAUGAUUGUGCAUGUUUGUAUGUGCGUAUGCACCCCUUGCGUGUAAGAGAGAGGGGGAGAGACCAUUAGCUUUAUGAAUUCCAUGUUGUGUGAGUAAAUCAUGCCUAUGACAUUAUUGCAUUCAAGAAUGUUUUUGUGCUUUGUAUCAUGUGUACAAUCACGAACUAUACUGUAGCCUGAUAGUGGUGAUGUAUAUGCUAUUGUGGUAUGUAGUAGUUUCAUUAUGGUUUUCAUGUCUUUACUGCCUGUCUGAUUGUAUGGCUGUCUCAUUUCUGUAGAACAUGGUAACAUUCUCAGUUGAGUAUUUCUUUGGUUGUGAUUCUCAUUCUAUAUAUAUAUAUAGCCUUGUCCUCAUGCUGGGAAUGUCUAUUUCACAUUGUAAAAUAAAGCCUCACUCAGCAAUAUGAUAAGUACCCUUUAUUUUCUUCCGAUGAAAGAACAAACAUUUCUUUUUCUGAAUUGUCCUGUCGUUUAUGCAUGGUGAUCAUAUUUGUGGGUGAAGCACAAGCAGAAAUAAUUGUUGGAAAAAUCAUGCUAAAGAAAUACUCCUUUUUGACAGCCUUUACCAUUAGUAGGGAGGUUUGUUUUUCGUAAAUAUAUUUUGCACUGUGUCAUAAGGAGGAAAUGUCUGUAUUGUGUGUGGUUUUUUUUUUUUUUUAUUUUUUGGACAAAUUUCUGUGAUCUUUGGUCCAAAAAUCAUCAAAUUCAUGAACAGUUUUGUUUUUGUUGCUGACUUAAUAAUGUAAUUUGUUCAGAUGUGACUCCGACAUGUUGCGUCUAUGUACUUUCCAUGAUCACUCAAUGGUAGGGCUCCAUCUUUUCACAAAACAAUGUUCCUCCGUUUUCUUUUAUUUAUUUUAUAUUUUUUUGUCGUUUAAGUUUGUUUCGAGUGAAUUUUGGACGGUUAUUAUUAAUUCCUUUUCAAAGUCUUCCCAAACGUGUCAUUUUUUGAAAAGUCAUCCAGCAUUGUUUCAUUACAAAUUGAUGGCUUGUUCAUUUUGUAUCCUGUCUGUCCCAUUUUUAUCGGUCAUAAAAAAAAACACCAGAAGCAACCUCAAACAUAUUGCUAUAUACAAACCACAGGUUUCUGUCUCACAGUUAGAUGUCAAAGUUUGAUAUCACCGUGCCACGUGUCUCGGAAGUAGAUGCUCGUCUUCAUGCUGGCACACAUGUUCCUGGAGAGGAGGAGGAGUGGACGCUUCUCUCGCGGGUGAACUGGGUUCCGCGAUGGCUCGCUUACUUAAUCGCAGCGUUUGGCAGCAGCAAGCGCGGGCCGCGCGGGUGUGCACUGCGGUGCGCGUGCGGCGAGAAGGGAAGGCGCACACCUCGGGUAUCCUGCGCGUGCCAUGGACAAACGUGUUCUCUCGCCUGCCAAUGUAUAUUUUUGUGAUCACACAGAUCGUCUCAGCGCAGGGUUGUUCAGUUGAACCGCAUGGUCUGCAAGUGUCAUGUUCACACUGUCCGUUUACAUGUUCAUCACAAAACUGAUACGAGUUCGCUUAUUGUACAGAUGUUGCUAUCCUGAUGUUUUGGUUUGGACAAGAUAUGUGCUGUCUCUCUCUCACACACAUACACACUACUUAAUAGCUGGAACCUUGUGGUGGCCUAAGUAUUUAGAUGUCCUCGCAGCUGGAAGGGAAACAGAAGAAGAAAAGAUGAGGAGUAUAGACAGCGGUUCGUAUGUGGAAAAUAUUUCGCGGGUUGAAUUUCAUGCGAGGAAAUUUGAUUCGGCAAAAGAUUCUAACUGAGGGGGUUUCAGGAUUUUCAAAACUGGUCGUAAAAGAUUGGUUUCUUAGUCAUAGUGACAUUCAAGGGGGGGAACAAUUAAGUCUUUCUGUUGUAUUGAAAGGACCAGCGGAAGCAGAGCCUUAAACCUUGAUUAUUGUGCAGUCCGCCUUCGUUUAUGAUUGCAUCGUUUUUAAAAUUGUGUUAAAAGUUUACGAAGAAGAAAUGCCAGUAUGUUUCUUUUGUUAGCUCAAAAGUCUUUUUUGCAGAUAUUAUGUUGGCUGUGCUGCGUCCCCCAACUUUUUCUUUCCUUACAGGAGAAGCGUGUGGAGAAUUGUGGAACAGAGGACAUGUGGAACCGGCAAAGAGUCGCAUCUUGUUUGGAUGGAGGUUAACUCUGCAGUUCGUCCUCGUGCCGACCCCACGUGGUCAGCGUGUAGGGCGGGUUUAGAAGCAAGCUUUUCAUAUCAUAGGGCGAGGCAGCGAGUAGCCUGUUAUUUUCUACAGAAUGGUUUAUUGCAACCUGUUGCCGACCAACUUCUCAUUUCCUUGAACAGAUCGGCCCUGUGCGACUACAGCAGCGAGAGGUCUUUUGUCCACCUUGAGUUUCUGACACCCCUAUGCCAAAGGCAGACUACUUCUCCCCACCUCCAACCUUUCACAUGCUUUUGUUUUGUUUUCGGUUGUUUUUUUUUUUAGAAAUCCAAAGAUUUGUGUUUAAAAUGUGUUUUAUAUUUUCGUGUUGUAGAUCAGAGACCAAAGACAAUUAUGUGACCAAUUUCAGAGUUAAAAAAAAACAAUUAAGAAAUGAGACUUAUUUCCUUUGGGGCUUUUCCUUGAAGUUUUAGAGAAUGUACUUGUGUUCAAAGCCUGUCCUAUUCUUAUCACUGUAUUUUUUUUAUAUUACGAAGGAAGAUGAGAAAUAUACGCACAUUGCGUACACUUUUAAAGCUGAUGGUGUUGUUAUAAUGACUGAAAAUUCACUUUCAUCAGUUUUGAUAACACAUCACGUUUAUACCUAUGGCUAGAUCAUCGUCAUUCUCGGACACGAGGUGAACGUUGACUAUGAUGCCAAAGAAAAAAUAUAUUGUCAUCUGUUGAGGACAUGUGACCUUUUGCGAGAAGCCCUCGUUAAGGAAUGUGCCAGCAAGUCUGGGCAAAAGACUUUUGUUCUCCCAAGAAGUACGUGGAAGGCAUUUUGCAACUAUUUUGAAAAAAAAAAUUAGAUAAAGGGUGUAGAUGAACAUUCUUUAACAUAAAAAAUUGCUAACAUGUUUGGGUGUUUGCUUAUCGAAGUUUAUGUGUGCUCUUUCUAGAGUUGUAGUAAAGAAACAACCUCUCAGAAUUAGUUUGAUCAUUACUGUUAGAACCAAAUCUUUACAUAUGUAAUGUUUCUGACUUCAUAACAAUAAACGAUCUUUUCUCA